CUGCAUCGAGCGAUGCUCGAUUCAACUUUUCUCUCUUUCCUAUGCAGCUAGCUGCAUCUAUCAUUGUAUCUAGUGAAUCUAGAUGCAUCGAGCGAUGCUAGCUGCUUUUUUCGUGCUUGGGCUUAUCAGAAUACAAAGAGAUAAAACGCUAAAGCAUUGACUUGGUUACAUAGAUUAGAAAUGUAAAACAGAAAAACAUCUGAAUAUUCGAUCUCUUCCAUACCUUAUCUGUGUGGCUGGAUUUUUUCAAAAAGAACGCUUUUAUUCGGAAGCAUAACUCCAUAUAUAAACUGUAAAAAAUUAUUUAAUAGAGGAUAAAAACUAUUUGUUGCAAUUGGAUGCAUCCACACAGCUUCUCUACCUUCAUGCAUCGACCUUGAACCACCAUGCGCUCAGUUUGUAGUCCGUGUUGAGUUGUAUACGAAUCCAUGUUUGUUUCCUCUACAGGCAUGAUGAUGGAAUAAUUCUCAAAAAAAUUUAUCUGCUCUCUGACAAAGAAACUAUAUUUUUUAUUGUAAAAUUAGUGAGCAUCGUGCACUUUAAAUCACUAAUUCGAAGUUAUAACUUGGAUUACUCGACACUGGCACAUUUCGGUUACAUGAUGAACUUAGUUCACUUUUUCUUUUUUAAUCUCAUUUAUUGAUAUGAAAAUAGAAAAUCCCAAAACUACAAGCCACAAAAGUGGAUUGAGGAUCCAUACACAUGUGGCCACAGUAAAAAAGAAAACAAACACUUGACUGCUACAGAUUCGACUGCUAUCCCAUACUACUACAAGAGAAAAAAUGAGAAAAAGAAGCGAAAAGAGAAUUCACUUUCUGACGGUGUGCGACUUCUAAGUGUACUUGUUAAUGUGAAUUUUUUAUUAAAAUCGAUCCUGUUUUUGUAUCUGAUUGUUGCCAGGAAGAAAAUUGGGCUGUGUCUCGAACACCUGUUGGUUAUUGACCACAUAUGUUUACUACAAUAAAAAAAUAUUUCGUUGUCCAGAUAGGCACUAACAAGGAAAACCUUUCUUCCUCUGUUCUGUUUCAAUGUAUUUUGCAUAAGUGUGGCGACCAAUCAGUUCUUUUCAGAACCGACUGCUUUCAGCUUUGUGUUCGGUUUGAUUCGACAAUUCGGUGGCUUUUCGAUCUGUUGCAUAACUUCUCCUGCUUCCAAAAAAUCCCUCCUUCAAAUCUCUCAGUUUAUGUAACAUUUCUAUGUACAAUUUAUCUUGGAAAUGACAAUAGUAUUUCAGGAAACAUCAAUUGAUGAUUAAUAAAUUGAAUAAUUGAAUAAAUAAGUACAAAAUUCAAAUCCGCUGCCGUUACAUUUAAUUUCUUACUUCGAUUUCUGUCCUUGAAUCAAUUCAAUGUUUAUAACAUAAGUUUUUGUAUUUGUAGACGUAAAAAAACAUUACCAGAUUCGAUUGUAAAUGAAUUAAAAACGAUAUUAAAAAAUUUUGAAAUUGAUAUCAGUUCCUUACGACCAACUGUUCCAGACUGUUAA